GUCCAAGGCCGAAAGCCCUCCAGUUUCCCCUGGACACCUUGCUCCUGCUUCUGCUACGACCUUCUGGGGAACGCGAAUUUCUCAUUUUCUUCUGAAAUUGCCAUUUUCGCUUUAGGAGAUGAAUGUUUUCCUUUGGCUGUUUUGGCAAUGACUGAAUUAAAGCGAUGCUAACGCCUCUUUUCCCCCUAAUUGUUAAAAGCUAUGGACUGCAGGAAGAUGGCCCGCUUCUCUUACAGUGUGAUUUGGAUCAUGGCCAUUUCUAAAGCCUUUGAACUGGGAUUAGUUGCCGGGCUGGGCCAUCAGGAAUUUGCUCGUCCAUCUCGGGGAGACCUGGCCUUCAGAGAUGACAGCAUUUGGCCCCAGGAGGAGCCUGCAAUUCGGCCUCGGUCUUCCCAGCGUGUGCCGCCCAUGGGGAUACAGCACAGUAAGGAGCUAAACAGAACCUGCUGCCUGAAUGGGGGAACCUGCAUGCUGGAGUCCUUUUGUGCCUGCCCUCCCUCCUUCUACGGACGGAACUGUGAGCACGAUGUGCGCAAAGAGAACUGUGGGUCUGUGCCCCAUGACACCUGGCUGCCCAAGAAGUGUUCCCUGUGUAAAUGCUGGCACGGUCAGCUCCGCUGCUUUCCUCAGGCCUUUCUACCCGGCUGUGAUGGCCUCGUGAUGGAUGAGCACCUCGUGGCUUCCAGGACUCCAGGACUACCACCGUCUGCACGUACUACCACUUUUAUGCUAGCUGGCAUCUGCCUUUCUAUACAAAGCUACUAUUAAUCGACAUUGACCUAUUUCCAGAAAUACAAUUUUAGAUAUUAUGCAAAUUUC